CACACCAACUUUAUAUAGCAGCCCCUUCCCCCAAACCAGAAGGGAGCAUUCCCCGGUCCCAAACGCCACACCUUAUAAGAGCGCACGCCACAAAACCAUCCAAGCUCGUCAAGCCAUCUCGUGCUCUGCUUCACCUUCUUCUUCUGCGACCCUGUCGCGCGCUUCUUCUACUACCACCAAGAGGACUACGUACGUACCAGGGAGAUGGACAGGAAACCAGGAGACUGGAACUGCAGGUCAUGCCAGUACGUCAACUUCUGCCGGCGGGACUCAUGCCAACGAUGUGGGGAGCCAAAGCUGGGCGUCGACCGGCCCGACUACACGAGCAUCGGUGGGGCAUGGGACGUCAAGCCUGGUGACUGGUACUGCUCAUGCGGCGUCCACAACUACGCAAGCCGCUCCAACUGCUUCAAGUGUGGCGCGGCGAAAGAUGACUCCGCCGCAGAGGUGGCUCGGUCUUGGGGAUUUCGAUGUGGUGAGCCGGCCGGAUGGAAAUCAGGGGACUGGAUUUGCACCAGAUCCGGGUGCAAUAGGCACAACUAUGCAAGCAGGACAGAAUGCUAUUGGUGCAAUGCACCAAAGGACCAUGAUGCUAAGGAGAAAACUGCAGGAGAUGAAGUCGGCUAAAUAAAGUCUUGGUCUCAUAUGUAUCCAAGUUUUUACUAACUCUGCCCCAGCUUGCCCAUCUCGUUGUCCUCCUAGGGCUUCUUGCCUUCUUCAACGGUAGUAUGGAGGGGAACUCGUAGGGAAGCGUCUUUUUUCCCGCAACUUUGUUAUCUUUUCAUGUUAUAUCUGCCCUUCAAUCUUGUUCAAGUAGCAAUGUAUCAGAAGGGCUUCUAGCUAUUUGUAAGACAUGCAGAAUUUGAACCUCAUAAAAGCUUAUCGAA